ACAUUAAGUUAAUAAUUUAUUAAUCUCAUUUGACAUUUCUAAUAACACAGGAAACAUAAAUCAGUCAGUAAUUACACAUUCAAACUGCAUAUUUAUGAUAGGUGCAGCUAAAAUUGCCAAUGAAUGUACAUGCAAAGGUAGGUGUGCCUAAUAAAUUGUGUAUAUGCUAGGUUUCCUCUGUAAUAUCACUCUGAUCUGUAAUAAUCACUUCAAGUAAGUGAGUCAUGGUUUUUAAUGUCAACAAUGCUGAUUUUUUCUCUCUCUCUCUUUUACUGAGGGAGUGGACUGUGAACAUCCAUAUGCACUGUAAGACAUGAGUCAAAUGACUUAAGUGGAGGAUCUCAGUUCUUUUAUCCUUCAAUAAUGUCAAGAAUAGCGUGGUAUCAGGAAAAGAUUGGAGCCUAUGACCAGCAAGUAUGGGAGAAAGCUCUUGAACAGGCAGAGCUUAGGGGUAUUAGAAAUAAGCCCAAGAAAACUGGACAUAUUAAACCUGACCUCAUAGAUGUUGACCUGGUCAGAGGAUCCACUUUUAGUAAAGCCAAACCGGAGAGUCCAUGGACUGCUCUGACACGUAAAGGCCUGGUCCGAGUUCUGUUCUACCCUUUCUUUUAUAAAUGGUGGAUCCAGGUCACUUCUAAAUGCAUUGCCACCUGGAUUCUAGUUCUGUACUUCCUGCAGGUUGCAGCCAUAGUGUUGUAUAUGGAGGUACCUACAGCCACAGCCAGCGAGGUGCUGGGCCCGAUGUGCCUGAUGCUCUUAUUAGGAACAGUGCACUGCCAAAUCGUGUCCACAGAAUCAAGCCGCAAUUCUGAAGGCAGUCUUGUAACCAGCCCGAACUCAAGUAAGACUCCUGACCAGAACACCUGCACUGCGAGAAGAAAAAGACAGAGAAAAAUUAUUGGAGGCGAUAAAGGAGACGGAGGAGGAGCAGACGACAUCGAUCCUAGGCACCGCAAGGAGAACAAGCGGUACUACAGGUUACAGAAAAAUAAGAACUCUUCGAGGAGGAGUGUGAAUUGGCUCUCUGAGGACCUCUCCAGUGACAAGGAAGAAGGUGAGGAAGCGGAACAGCCCAGAGACAAACUUGGCCCAAAUCAACAGACCAGACCUGCUUCUGGGCUCAGAAGGAGACUUCGGACUCCCAUCGAUCCAGCAUCUGCUAAGAAGCAUCUGGAAGGUGAUGUGACGACGGUCACCGCGGCGAUCUUGCCAGCGGCUGACGUCCAGCCAUCCGAGGGUUCUAGGCCCGGCUCCGACUCCGACGACGAGUUUUGGGAAGAGAUUCUGCAGGGUCCUGACUCCGCCUCCUCAGCAAGCACUGAUAGUGAAGAUGAAAAGCAACCCUGUCAUAACCACACCCUCCCUCAGUCCACUGUCCUCAGCAGUGACGAGGAUGAGGCCUUUUCACGGCACCAGUUGUCUUGGCUUCAGGCGUGCCACCCCUCUAAAGACAGCGUCGGUGCCAUUAUCUGGGAGCAGGCCGAGUGCAAAAAGGUCGACAUGUGUGUGCUGGAAAUAAGCAGCAUCAUUCUCACUCAGGUGAAGUUGGUGGAACAGGGAAUGGGCUACCUGGUCCUUGGAUGUCUGGUUACAGCAACCCUGGCCCUGCUGCCUUUCUGCUACCGAAUAGCUCAGCAUCUUGAUACAACCCAACUCGGCUCCAUUACACUCCAGGAUCUGGUGAUCAUGGCCAUCGGAAAGCCCAGCACCUGCUCCAUUACCUUCUUUCUAAUCAGUACGAUAGAGAGAGUCUUCCUCACUGGCCUCUUCUUCUUCAUGAUGUGUGUCGCUGAGCGGACAUACAAGCAGAGGCUGCUUUUUGCCAAGUUCUUCAGCCACAUCACAUCAGCACGCAAAGCCAAGAAGUCAGAAAUCCCUCAUUUCAGACUGAAGAAGGUGCAAAACAUCAAGAUGUGGCUCUCGCUCCGAUCUUUUCUUAAGAGGCGAGGGCCUCAGCGUUCAGUAGACGUCAUUGUUUCUUCCAUCUUCCUUCUGGCUCUCUCCAUCGCGUUCAGCGUCUGUUCUCAGAUCCUGCACAGCCACCACACAUUUCUGGACUGGGAGAGUAACUGGGAGCUGCUGGUAUGGGGAGCGGCUCUGCUCGUAUUCAUGCUGCGUCUGGCCACGCUCGGGGCCGAGACCGACCACAAGUACAGCAACUCCUCUGUGCUGCUCACUGAGCAGGUGAACACCAAGGCCAUAAACUUGUAUCUGAGGAUGGAAAAAAAGCCAGACAAAAAAGACGAACUGAGUAUUGUCAACAAUGUGCUGAAACUGGCCACCAAAUUGCUGAAAGAGUUGGACAUGCCGUUUCGUCUGUUGGGGUUGACUGUGAACCCUCUUAUCUACAACAUCACCCGAGUGGUCAUCUUGUCUGCUGUCUCGGCUGUGAUCAGUGACCUGCUAGGCUUUAACAUCAGACUUUGGAAAAUCAAACCAUGAUGUGAAACCACGACUCAUAAUUCCUGAAGACUGUGGAGUGACGGUGCUCUCUGCUGCUGCGAAACCAGACAACUGUGCAAAUCUACUGGCCUCUCUCAUCACACCAAGAAUCAACAUUCGGCCCCUGGUGUUUGGUUCAUACUGCACCUGAACCACGUCCCAAUGUUGUACAGAUUUAUUUGUAUUUUCUUGCCUGUAGUAACUGAAAUUGGUCGUUUCUAAACAUUGUAAUGAUACACAUUCAAAAUCAUGUACAUUUGCUAGCCUCUUUAGUAACAGAAAAUCAUUGAAAAUCAUUGGAAAAUGUUGAAGAGCUGGAAGGUGGGGCAUUUACAAAAAAUAUUACGUCUGUAGGAAUCCACCGCUGGCCGGUGGAAAGAAGCAGUCCUAGUCUACAGCUGUCAGCCAGAGUGGGGGUGGUGCAAGCAUCAGGGGAACUGCUUAUAGGAAUUAGAGAUGACCAAAUUAGAGAUUUGGCAGUGUAGCCACAAAGACCCCGACUCCAUAUUAAUGCUUGUGAUUUUGAAGCUCAUGAUCAGCUGUUCACUUACUUUUGGGCAUACAGUGUAGCCUGUUAAUUAAAUACUCUAAAACUGAUGCCAGCUGCUUAAAAAGCCACAGCUUUCUACAUACCCACUAAGUGCCUUGUGACUGUGUUUGUAAGAAAUGUGACUUUAACAUGAGAUGUGUUAUGUAUCUAAUAUAAACAUUUCUAUUAGGAUGAUGUUUGAAAAAUGAAAGUAUUUUUUUUGUAAAAGAAGCACUAAAGGAGUCAAACAUUUUACUGUAGACGCACUUCAUAUUAAUUAUGUUUAUUAUCUGUUGAUUUAAUGUCAUGUUGAUUACAGAUUAGAGAUUUACAUUUUAUAACUAUUACAAUAUGCAUUAAUUUUAUUUGUAUUGCUACCCACCGAGCCAACUGAGCUUCCCCUCUAGACUGCAGUGGCUCUCAUCUUAGGUGUAGGAGUUGUCAGAGAGAGUGAUAAUUAACAAAUAAAUGUUCAUUUAAA